AUGAACUUCAAUACAACUGUUCUGCAUGACUCCAAUGUCUUAUCCCAUUCCCACUCAAAGAAAUCUACAUCAGACAUUGUCUUCUACAUCAUCAUUGUUCUCUUAGGCACCACUGGAAACUCUGUGGUCAUCUGGGUUGCAGGUGUCCGUUUGAAACCCAAUGUCAACAAUGUAUGGUUGGUCAACCUUGCCGUGGCUGACCUGAUCUUCUGCGUGUCACGAGUGACCUCACUCGUCACAAAUUUCAUUGGCCACUGGCUGUUUGGGGACUUUUUCUGUAAGUUUAUGGGCUUUCUCAAGUAUACCAACAUGUUCUGCAGUGUUUUUCUUCUGGCUGUCAUCAGUGUGGAUCGAGUGAUCUGCGUGCGGUGCCCAGUUAUCACCAGGAGGAAACGGACGUUAUAUGCUGCUCGUGUGGUCAGUUUGGGGGUUUGGAUUGUGGCAAUGAUCUUCAGUUCACCAAACUUAGUGUUCCGGAAGAUCCAUACUGAUCACAACAACUUGAGCUACUGCAAUGACAAGAAAGAAGCAAUCAAAGAAAUGCAGAUUUUCUACUACAUUCGCUUCUUUUGUGGAUUUCUGUUUCCUUUCCUGGUGAUCUUUAUCUGCUACACACUGGCUGCUGUUGGGAUUCGCAGGACGAAACUCUCCGGCAAAUCAAGGCCUCUUAGGAUUCUGGCUUUAUUGGUUUUUACCUUUUUCUUAUGCUGGGCACCUUAUCACAUCCUAGGUCUUCUUAAAAAGUUAAAUAAAGAAACCCCUGCUGUAAAGUUGGCAUGGCGUACGUCUUCAAAUCUAGCGUAUUUUAACAGCUGUGUGAACCCAAUAUUAUACUUCUGUGUAGGACUGAAUCUUAAGCAGCGCUGCAAUCAAAGCCUGUUAGGGAUUUUUCACAGAGCUCUUACUGAAGAAGACCAAAUUCCUGCACCGGAUGGCACUAUUGAGGAACAAUCUAACAGUGUUUCAGAGGCUGCUGGUACAGAUCAACAAACAUCUGUAUGA